AUGUCUGAUGAUGAGGAUGAGAAUGAGCAGCCUCAAAAUACACGGCCUUACAUGGCGCUUCUCCAGGGUUUUAAGGAGUCUUCAGAGCCAAGUGCCAAAAGACGGAAGCUCGAGAGCGGCAAGCCAGAAUCCACCGUCAAGACCGCGUCCGAGUCUGGACCCGAGUCUGAGUCUGAGUCUGAAUCUGAUGGCGAUGAGACCGGGGAGGAGGACAAAGAUGUUGACAGGGUCGAGGAGGCUGAAGACCCAAUGGCUGAUCUCGAGGAGGAAGCGGAGCAGAGCGACGAUGAAGACGACGUCGAUGCCUCAGAUCCGUUCGACAGCCACUUUGCUACCCCUGACGAAGGCGUGACGGCGAAGAGAGUUAAGGCGAUCCAGAAGAAUGACUGGACUUUCAAGCGGAUGAUGUCCAAGGUUUCAAAGGCGGUGGUAACAUACCCUCAAGUGGAGGAAUCGGAUCCCCCGAAGAUUCCCUCGCCGAUCUCUGGCCUGGAUGGCCUCAAACUUAAGCAAAAGUUACGGGAGACCGCCUCGAGGAAGAUUGGCUCGCUCGACACGCUACAAGGAGCCAUUGCCCCAACGAUAUUCAACUACAACGACGUGCUGUACGAUAACCGAAACACCCAGAACUCCAACGGCUUGCGGCAGCUUGUAUGCUUACAUGCCGUCAACCACGUCUUCAAGACUCGAGACAGAGUCAUCAAGAACAACUACAAACUCUCGAGAGAAGAGAAUGCCGAUCUCGAGCUCAGAGACCAGGGCUUCACGCGCCCCAAGAUCCUAUUCCUACUGCCAACAAGACAGUCCUGCCUAACGAUUGCAAACACAAUCGAGGACAUGUGCGCGCCGGACCAGCGGGAAAACAGAAAGCGAUUCGACGAUGCAUACACCGACGAGGACGUCAAAUUCGGAGACGACAAGCCCGCCGACUUCCGCGACCUUUUCGAGGGCAACGACGACGACAUGUUCCGGAUCGGUAUGAAGUUCACGCGCAAGACCGUCAAGUACUUUUCGCAAUUCUACAACUCGGACAUCCUGCUCGCCAGUCCCCUCGGCCUACGCAUGGCCAUAGGCUCCGACGAGGACAAGAAGAAGAUGGACUACGACUUUCUCAGCUCCAUCGAGAUGGUCGUCGUCGACCAGGCCGACGCCCAGCUCAUGCAGAAUUGGGAACACGUCGAGUACAUCUUCGAGCACAUGAACCUCCAGCCAAAGGACGCCCACGGCUGUGACUUUGGCCGCGUGCGCAGCUGGUACCUCGACGACCAGGCAAAGUAUUUCCGCCAGACUAUUGUCCUCUCCGGUUUCAAUACGCCCGAGCUCACCGAGCUCUUCCGCACCCAGUGCCACAACUGGGCCGGCAAGGUCCGCUUCCAGGCCGAUUACCCGGGCGUCCUGACACAGCUCGGCCUCAAGGCCCGCCAGACCUUUUCCCGCUUCGAGUGCCGCUCCCUCGAGAAGGAGCCCGAUGCGCGCUUCGACUACUUCGUCUCGGCCAUCCUCCCCUCCCUCAUCAAGCGCGCGAGGGACACCUCGGGCACCCUCAUCUUCAUCCCUUCGUACCUCGACUUCGUCCGCGUGCGCAACUACUUCUCCGCCAACCCGGCCGUCGCCGCCCUUUCCUUUGGCACAAUCUCCGAGUACGCCGACGUGCCCGAGGCCUCGCGCGCCCGCUCCCACUUCAUGACGGGCCGGCACAAGGUGCUCCUCUACACGGAGCGAGCGCACCACUUCCGGCGGACGCCGAUCCGCGGCGUCCAGCGCGUCAUCAUGUACGGCCUGCCAGACAACCCAAUCUUUUACCGCGAGAUCGCGGGCGACUACCUCGCGCGCAGCGAGCAGGAUAUGAGAAUUGAGCCUGGACAGGGUGCUGUGCGCAUCAUGUUCUCAAAGUACGACGUCAUGAAGCUGGAGCGUGUGGUCGGCACGCAGCGCGUGGGCAAGAUGAUCCAGGAGAAGGGCGAUACCUUUGAUUUUGUAUAA